AUGGAAGAUAAGGUUAAAGUCUGUUUACCAUGCCAAAUUGUGACACCGAUUUACACCAGAGAACCACUCCAGAUGUCUGUCUUGCUGGACAACCCAUUUGACGAAGUAAGUAUUGACUUUGCGUUGGUGAAUGGGGAAACUCUUCUUUUGCUGGUUGAUGAUUAUUCAAGAUUCCCGUUUGUUGAACCAGUGUCAUCCACCUCGGCGAGUGCCAUCAUACCGACGUUAGAUAAGUUAUUUGCCACGUUUGGAAUACCCCUGGUAGUUCGGACAGAUAAUGGACCACCAUUCAAUGGUGAUGAGUUUGUCAAAUUUUCUCAAGUGCUUGGUUCCAAACAUCGAAAAGUUACACCACUUUGGCCUAGAGCCAAUGGCGAGGUUGAAAGGUUUGUCAAGACCUUAAAGAGAUACAUCAAAGCUGCGAAGACUGAAGGAAAGAACUGGAGGAAAGAGUUACAAGUAUUUCUAAGCAAAUACCGAACAACUCCUCAUACCACCACUGGCGUAGCUCCUAGUGUGUUAUUGAUGAAAUGUGCUGUCCGCAACAAGAUCCCUCAAGCCAACAAUGUCGACCCUGUUUCUGAAAUAAUUCGAAAGCGUGAUUCAUCACAGAAAAUGAAGAUCAAAGCAUAUGCUGACAAGAAGUGUUAUGUAAAACCUUCUGAUAUCAACCUUGGUGAUUCAGUAUUAGUAAAGCGACCAUUCACCAUGAGUAAAGGAUCAACAGUUUAUAAUCCUAACCCAAUGACGGUUGUUAGAACGAAAGGGAGUAUAAUCACCGCCAAGAAUGCAGAUGCCUCCAUAAUGAGAAAUUCAUCAUUCUUCGAGAAAUUAACCUUUCAAGAAAUCAGCCCUCCGCAUGUUGAAGAAUACACUGAAGAGUCCCAAAUCCCGGUAUCUUUCCCAAAGGUAAAUCCUCCUACUACAUCUGAGCGUCAAAACCCUCCUACACAAGAAGUAUCAGAACCACCACCACCACAAGAAAGUUCCAGUAAUAAAGAUAUCCAAAACGGUCCUGUUGAAAUUCUGACUAUUGUACCUGAAACUGAUCAUGAAAAUGAACAACAACCGCCACUACGAAGGUCAACAAGGAGACAAAUUCCUAGGAAAAUACUUGAUCUAUAG